UCUCAUUUAUAGGGGUUCAGAAAAUUGACAUCAUGGCAGUGAGAGCUUAUAAAUAUCUGGAGCACUGGCUUCCUCACAGACUGCCACUGCUCUCAAGGAAACAUACCAUAGGCUGAAUGCCCCGAGGGCAAAACAAAAUUGGAUUUUGCAAAUUACACUGAGACGCUCCUGUUUAAAACACAGACAAGAAUCUGGGAAGGGGUUUUCAUUUUCCUUUGGUUUAGUCUGUAAUUUUGUUUAGAAAGCAUGUGCACCGGAGGUUGUGCCAAAUGCCUUGGAAUCACCCUCAUUCCUCUGGCUGUGCUGUGCACACUAGCUAACAUUUUGCUGUUUUUCCCUGGAGGAAAAGUCAUCAACAAUAAUGAAAAUAUCACAGAAGAAGUCUGGUACUUUGGAGGGAUCUUGGGAUCUGGUGUAUUGAUGAUCUUUCCUGCCUUGGUGUUUUUGGGCCUUAAGAAUAAUGAUUGUUGUGGAUGCUGUGGUAACGAAAGCUGUGGGAAGAGGUUUGCGAUGUUUACUUCUAUCAUAUUUGCUGCAGUUGGACUUGUGGGAGCUGGAUACUGCUUUAUUGUGUCAGCAGUUGCUAUAAAUAAAGGCCCUAAGUGUGAGAAUGGAAAUCAAUGGAGCUAUCCAUUUGAGAAUGGGAAUUAUCUAGGCAAUCACAGCUUGUGGUCCCAGUGUACAUCACCUGAAAAUAUUGUCCCCUGGAAUUUGACCCUUUUUUCCUUACUCCUGAUCAUGAGUGGCAUUCAAGCAGUGCUUUGUGCCAUACAGGUUGUCAAUGGACUAUUGGGAACAAUCUGUGGGGACUGCACCUGUUGUGGAUGCUGUGGGGAUAAUGGAGCGGUUUAAAGAGAACAAGGAUUGCAGAAAUCUCAUCGUACGAGGAGACUCCCUUUAAAGGGACAUCUAUUGUGUGAGCCAUGGUGAGCCGUGUUCCUCUGCACUGUCCCUGACUAAGAAGGUCUAUGAAGGGUAUUUCACCCAUUGUGCUAAAGCCCUGAUGGCCCUUUUCUCCUGCCAUUGAAAUCCCACGUUAGAAUGAAUGAAGUGGCUCCUUAGCUAUUCCAUUUAUAUUUAUUUUUGUAAAACAGCUUCCAUUUGAAAAAAGCUACAUCAGAUUGGACAUUCAUAAUCUCUCAUUGGCGACUGAUGAAUGCUGCUAACAAUGCGACAAACCUACAACUUUCUUUUGACUAAAAGUUAGAUUUGUUUGUACAUAGAAAAGUGAAGAUUUCUGUGCUCCAGGCCUGAGCUCAUUAAAAUUCUCUUUGUAAAAUGUC